AUGCUGCUCAUCGUCCUACUUCCAGUUGCUCUGGUUGUCCGAGCUAAGAUUCGAUCACAUUCGAACAGUGCUGGUGCUGUCGAAAGCAUACUGCCAUCUCAUAACUCUGAAGCUCAGCUCGCGGAUAUGAAUUCCACGCCUAGUUCUCUGCAAGUCGUCGACCAUUCUCCUUCUCAAGCUUCCAGCGCUGGCAUCCACAGAUGGUUCCAAGUUCCAGCGAGAGGGAAGGACUACAGGCUCGUCCACGCCUUGCUGAGCAUCGAUAUGUGGCUCAUGCUCAUCGCGACUUCCUGCGGCCUGGGAACCGUAUCCACCUUCUACAACAACUUGGGCCAGCUGAGCGCCUCCCUGGGAUACUCCACCGCAAGGAUGAACAUCUUCGUGGCUCUCCUCAACCUCUGGGACUUCCUGGGAGCAAUCGGUUGCGGCUUCGUGUCCGAGAUACUCCUCCACAAGUUUGGCAUUGGACGGCCGUUCGUGUUCGCUGCGGUGGUCGGCUUUCUAGCGCUCGGCAACUUGCUCAUUGCCUUGGGCCUUCCCGGCGCGCUGUACAUCGACUCCAUCAUCAUCGGCCUCGCCACCGGAGGCCAGUGGGCGGUGCUGUCGACCAUCAUCGCGGAGAUCUUCGGGCUCAAGCCAGAGCUUCCCAAACGUUGCAAAGGGGAUUGGGACAUCUGUUGCACCAAAGAGCAAGCGAUACAAGACGAACCCAGCAAGCUGGACGCCGAAUUCCGCACUGGGAGCUCGAUCAAGGACAGCGACAACUUGUGGCGCGGGCAACAAGAGCAGCUCCCAGUCGAAUUGCACCGGCAGAUGGAGCUUGUGAUUCCCAAGUUAGGGCGGAUGAAAAAGCGCGCAGAUUAG